CCAUGGGGAAACCCCCAUUUGUUAUUCUAUAUUACCAGUAAUGUCUGAAAAAACGCAGAAAGUUUCUUGGCUAAAAAUAGUCCACGGUUUAUUGAACCAGCGGAAUGCAUAAAUCAAGUUGCGACACGUAAAAGGCGUUUGAUUUUUCUUGCAAGCGAAGCAACACGCAGGAUGAUGACGACAUCAAAAAAUGAUGAGAAGAUUGCAGGAAAAAAAGAAAAUAAAACAUUUGAAGAAAAAGUGAAGGAAAAAGAAGAAACUACUUCCCUGAUAGAUCCUACGACUUUACUGAAGGGACAACUUGCUGAUGCGAAGGCCAUUCAGACUAGUGAUCAAUGCACAAUUGCGGAAGCCAAAUGUAACGCAAUUGGAACAAAGGAGGAAUCUCAAACAAAUGAAUCAAUUACUAAAACCUCUAUCAACGGUUUAUUAAUUGCCGCUGGGGUUGUUCUGAUUGCCAUCGUGAUUGUGUUAAGAGAAUUCUUCUCGCCAUAUUAUUCAACAACCGUUUUAGGCUUGGUUAUAGGAGUUUGUGGGCUACUAGGAUUCUUGCAGCAAUGGAUAGCAAUCUAUGUGCAAAAGAAAAAAAAUAUUGCAAAAAAACAGCAACCAGAAAGAGAAAGAAUUCUUCAAAAACUUGAAAACGAUCUAAAAAGUUCGUUUGAGGAAGUCCGCGAUGCAAUGUUGUUAUGUCGCAAAUAUAUUGAGAAAGAGCAAGAGAAUUUGUAUGAUUAUCUAGACGUUGGCGAAAUGCAUUCAAAACUAAAAGCAAUCCAACAAGAUUUAGAUAGCGCAUUAUCCAACUUCACUAUAAAACACGACGAAAAAAGACCAGUUAUAUUAGAAUCUUCUGAUGUUCUUGAACAGAUGGAAGUAAUUAGCAGCUUCAAUAAAGAGGCUGAGGCUAAGAAAAAGGAGUUGAAGCUCUUUCAGAAAAGAUUGGAAGAGAUAAAAACGGUUUAUGGCGCAACAUCAUUUGGUCGACUAGCAAGAAAAGUGAAAUCUCAAUCAGUUCUCAUUAAAGAAGAAAACGGUCUUGAAUUGUAUAAAUUACCAGUAAAAUUGAUCGACUCGGAUCCAACGAACAAGCUCAGACUCUACGAGUUAGGUCGGGUAAAUCCAUGGAAAUCCAACAAAUAUAUAAUGAUGGCAGGAAUGACAGGUGCUGGAAAAAGUUUGCUAAUUAACAACAUAAUUAAUUACGUGUAUGGCGUGACAUACAGAGAUAAAUUUCGCUUCCAGUUGAUUGUUGACGAAGAAGAGAUAAAAGAACGUGGGCCAAAUGCUUCAAGGAGCAAAGCAGAAAGCAUGACUAGUUGGGUUAGCAGUUUUGUCCUGCAUCACGAUGAAGGAUUUCGAAUUAAUUACAGCUUGACGAUCAUUGACACACCUGGUUUCGGUGACACACGUGGCAUAAAAUACGAUGAAAUGAUAAUUGACCAAAUACGUACAUUUUUCGAUAGUGAAAAUGUAUGUCCAGUAAAAGAACUUUCUUGUAUUGGACUUGUGAUACAAGCAAGUCAAGCAAGAAUAACAGAAGAGCAAAAAUACAUUUUUGAUCAAGUUUUAAACAUCUUUGGCAAAGAUAUGACAGACAAUAUAUUUUUGUUGUUUACAUUUGCCGACGCUCAAGCACCUCCUGCUUUGGAAGUUGUAAAGAAUAACAAAAUUCCAUUUAAUAAAGAUGCUUCUUUCAAGUUUAAUAAUUCAGCAUUGUAUGCUCCGAAUAAUGAUGUGGCUAGCGAUCACUCUUGGGUAUUUGGUUACGAUAGUUUGGAAAAGUUUUUCAAUUACCUAGGUAAGAUCAUUUCAACAAGUUUAGAUCUGACAAAAGAAGUACUCAAGAAAAGAGAUGGUUUGAAAUCUCUAUUGGAAUGUUUACAAAAGAAAAUUGACAAGGGGAUGGACAUGCUUCAGUGCAUCGAAAGUAUGAUUAACGACAUUCUUGCAUUAAAAGGCACCAUGAGAGCAAACAAGGAUUAUAAAAUCAAGUCAAAGAGGUAUCCCCAGACAACGAAAGUCAUCAAUCACAAUAUAACAAAUUGUAAGGCAUGUAUGUUUACAUGUCACGAUCCAUGUUACAUUGAUGGCGAUAACAAAGAGAGGUGUGCAUCUAUGAACAACGGAGAGUGUGUUACUUGUCCUGGAAAAUGUCCUUGGGACAGUCAUUCAAACGGAGACAGAAUUUAUGUUUAUGACGAGAUCGAAGUGGAAGAAACAGUUGAAGAUAUGAUGAAAAAAUAUCAAAUUGCGAUGAAUGACAAAAAUGGUAAAAAGAAGCUCUUAUUAAGGAUGCUAGAAGAAUACCGUGUGUAUAGAGAAAAAACAUUUGGCGACAUCAAAUCCGCAUCUGAUGCUGCCAAAUCCUUAGAAGAAAUAUCACUUCGCAAAAGUUUUCUAACAAAUGUGACAUAUAUUGAAAGGUUAAUCAAGUCCGAAGAAGCCAGCAGUCGACCCAACAAGAAAGUACGUCUUGAGCAGUUGCAUCAUUUCAGGAAAAUAGCUUUAACUCUGCAACAGGCAUGUACAGAUCCAGACAGUCUUACUGCAACUGUUAGCAAUUACGAAGCCACCAUCUUAAACGCGAUUGAAAACAUCAAAGAUGUAAUAAAGGAUGGUCAUACUUACUUUUCUAAAAAUUUAGAAUCAGGGGCACAGAAUAAUACGAGUACAAACCAAAAAGUUGCCGACGGUAAGAAAAAGCCGAAAAAAUCGAAAAAAGUCGAAAAAAUCACAAAAGUCGAAAAAAUUUUGACAUUAUUAAAAUAAACACAAUAAAAUAUAAUUAUAGGACUUCAAAGUAUUUGGGAACCUAUAAAUGUAAUAAUCUUUUAUGUUUGGGUAUAACUUAUUGCCAUUGUUUUUAUCACAUAUCAAAUCACUGUUUACAAUUUCCACCAAAUUAAAGGGGCCAAAUAAGAUCUUCGUCAGUUAUCUAUUCUCCAUCAUUUCACAUUUUGAAUAACGUUAUGUAAUAUGUAGACCACCCGUAGGGUUAAUUACUAGAAAUUAGGCACACUUCACAACUGUACAGACAACCUGUUUAUGAAAAAAUACUUUUUUUGCGAUGAAUUUGCUACCUUUUGUUGCUAUUUUCUGAAAUAAUAAACUUGAGUAUUCUUUGUGACAGUAAAAUGGGCUAAGUCUGUAAAAUAUGUUAAAUAUCAGUAUAUCGAAAGUUUGCUUUGAUGUGGUGAUAUCUAUAUUUGGUAAAAAAUGUUAUGGUCCUAGCUUUAAAGAUGGUAACACGCACCUCCAAAAAGAUGUUAAAGUCAUCCCUGUUGCUUCGACUGACUUUUCUCUAAAAAUUUCGCGGCUAGCUCAAAAACGUUGGAAGUAUAUUUCAUCAGAAAACUUGAUUAACAGCAUUUAAAGUUCCUAUAUGCUAAAUUAUGGAUAUCAAACGCACGUAGAGUUUUUCUGUCAUUUUCAGUAAGAUUUGGAUGUCCAAUGUGGUAUUUCACAUGAGUUGAAAUUGGUUUUUGUUCUCAUUGGCUCAUAAUUUCCUUAUCCUAUGAUUUUUGUUUACCUGCCGUGUAAGUUACCUAAGUUCAGAAUCAAUAGCUCGCUUUGUAGUCCCUUUAAGGAAACUUUAAAAUACUUACUUUUUUGAAUGUUGAUUAAGGUGAAUGUUUCUUAACACUUUCGGCAAGUAAAAUAGAAAUAUCCAUUGUUCUCGAAAUAAACAUUUAAUGUAUGGUGAAUUGACAUAAGAUUUGUUUUAUCACGCACGCUACAGAGUAAUAUGGUAUAUCUUUUUCGAGUUCUGAUAUAUUUGUCUAGUUAUUUUCCUUUAGAGGAGUAAAAUAAAGAUUGUGAAAAUCAGAACGAGAACAAUAUAUGCUAUAUUGUACGAGGGUUCAGUGCGAUAACUUAGUGUGACAAAUCUCAGAAGAUGUUUCCAAAAUCAAACGAAAUCCGAAAUGAAUAGUAAACUUCUUUUCUAAAAGUUUGUUGUAAAUUGUAAUCGAAUAAGAAGUAAAAUGCAAAAGAAUAACAGUUGAUUUAGUGUGACCGUUACCUGAUAAAUCAAGUUAGUGUAGGUUGUUUUUUACAAAAUAUGGAACAUUUUUAUAGCGAUGUUUAAUUCAUGUUAUCUUAGAAACAAUAAAUUCGCAUUUGCAUGUCGCCGAUAGCAGAUGGCAGAGGAAACGUAGAAAAAAAUCCUUGAUUACCUUAUUACACAGAUUUAUUUUCGAAAUUUUUGUUUUGAUAAAAUUUGGAAAUUUUUUAAAUAUUCUUUGUUAAACACUUUCUUUCUGUCACUAACCAGACCACUGAAAGUUUGCGCCGUCAUACUUUACAUGUAACAUAUGAGAUACUGUAUUUACGUCUCUCCUCUUAGCCAAUCUCGUUAGAGAUAUUUUUGUGCUAAUGAUAAUUAGAGUUAUAAUUAAUUGUAGAUUUAUUAAGAAAUAGUGAGUCUAUAUAAUUGUCGCUGCUUGAGAGAAACAAAAAUCCAACGUGGAGUUUA